UCGUCGAAUAAGGGCGUGCGAGAGUUCGGGGUGAGAAUGUAGAGAAGUAGAAUCGGGUGAACAAAAGCUCGCCUGCCGUCCGAUCGACGGGAGCUUUUCCGCUUUUCCUCUGCUCGAUUCCCGGUCCACAUUCCACCAUUUCUCGCUGGCAUUCCGGCGGCGCGACAGCCAUCAUGAAGGCCCACGGCGGGUUUUGAUCGUCGUGGAAAAAGUCGUGGUCUGGACCCGGUGUAUCCCGAACGCACGCGAAAAUGUCCACUGAAGCUGAACAAGUCAUCGAAGAAAACAAAACUUGCGGGAAAAUCCUCACGGUUUUGUCAUGGAUAGUCGUCGUUUUGACCAUGCCUUUCUCACUUAUGGUGUGCUUCAAGGUGGUGCAGGAAUACGAAAGGGCCGUUAUAUUUCGUUUGGGCCGUCUACUUUCCGGAGGUGCCAAAGGUCCCGGUAUAUUCUUCAUUCUACCUUGCAUUGAUGCCUACGCAAGAGUCGAUUUGAGGACAAGAACCUACGAUAUACCACCGCAAGAAGUAUUGACCAAGGACAGCGUGACGGUGUCCGUCGACGCCGUCGUCUACUACAGGGUGUCCAACGCCACCGUGUCCAUAGCGAACGUGGAGAACGCCCACCAUUCGACGAGGCUCCUCGCCCAGACCACAUUGCGGAACAUCAUGGGCCAGCGGCCGUUGCACGAGAUCCUCAGCGAGCGCGAGAGCAUCUCGCAGCACAUGAAGGCCCUCCUCGACGAGGCCACCGACUCCUGGGGCAUCAACGUCGAACGCGUCGAAAUCAAGGACGUCCGCUUGCCGGUGCAGUUGCAGAGAGCGAUGGCGGCGGAGGCGGAGGCGGCGCGGGAGGCGAGAGCCAAGGUGAUCGCCGCCGAAGGGGAGCAGAAGGCCUCGAGGGCUCUGAGGGAGGCUUCGGAGGUGAUCGGGGACUCGCCGGCCGCUCUGCAAUUGCGCUACUUGCAGACUCUGAAUACAAUAUCAGCAGAAAAGAAUUCGACAAUAGUGUUUCCUCUGCCGAUUGACAUGUUAACAUAUUUUGUAAAAGCCAAGGAGGCUGCUGGUCACUCCAUGUGA